AUGGAAAAUAUAAGCUAUAUCCAAAUCUUCGUCUUUGCCUUAUGUACAAGCCUUCUUGUCACAACCCAAAGCCAUGGGCAUCCUGUGUUGCCAAAAACACAUGCACCCCUUUUCAUAUUUGGGGAUUCAGUCUUUGAGGUUGGAAAUAAUAACUACUUUAACACUAGUUGGCGGGCAAAUUAUUUGCCAUAUGGUGAAACCUUCUUUAAUUACCCAACUGGGAGAUUUUCUGAUGGUCGUCAAGUUCCAGACUUUAUUGCUGAGUAUGCGAAGUUGCCAUUGAUUCCACCAUAUCUACAGCCUGACAAUCAUGAAUUUUCAUAUGGUGUCAACUUUGCAUCUGCUGGAGCUGGUGCUAUGGUUGAAACUCGCCAAGGCGUGACGAUAGGCCUUCAAACUCAACUGUCAAAUUUCAAGAACAUCACUAAGUCAUUGAGGAAGAAACUAGGGAAUGAAGAAGCCAAAUCUCUGCCAAGAGCUGUUUACUUUUUUAGUAUCGGAAGCAACGAUUAUCUUUACCCGUUCUACACAGACCCAAGUGUGCUUGGAAACUACUCUCAUCAGGAAUAUGUAGACCUGGUGAUAGGCAACAUAACUACAGUAGUCAAAGGAAUCUAUGAGAAAGAAGGAAGAAAUUUUGCGUUGCUUAACCUCUGGCCUAUUGCAUGUCUUCCAUACGUAAGAGCACUUAAUCCGGAAGAAGGUGCUUGCUAUGAUGCAUUUACACCAUAUGUGAAACUACACAACAAAUCACUUCUCAAAGUCCUACAAAAGCUAGAGAAAAAACUCAACGGAUUCAGAUUCUCAGUCUCCGAUUUUAAUGAGUUUCUGACACAAAGAAUGAAUCAUCCUUCUAAAUAUGGUUUCGUGGAAGGGGAGGCGGCAUGCUGUGGAAGUGGUGUAUAUGGAGGAAUUUAUAACCGUGGAGGAAUGAAGAUUCCCAAAGAGUAUAAUUUAUGCAAGAAUGUUAGUGAAUAUGUCUACUUUGACUCUGCUCAUCCAACCGACAGGGUCUACGAACAGUUUGCCAAGAAAAUAUGGAGUGGAAAUUCCAUCACUACGCCUUACAAUCUGAAAGCUCUAUUUGAAAAUUAGAGCUAAGUAAGAUUACAGUAAAGGCAGAUGAUCCAAUAUGGUCAAUAAGCAAAUUAUAAUUUGUACUUUUUUUAAAA